AUGGAUAAGAACGGAGACGGGCAGCUCGAUAAACAAGAGCUAAUGGAGGGGUAUGUAGAGCUGCUGAAGUUAAAGGGUGAAGAUGUCUCUGCAUUAGAUAAGAGCGCUAUUGAAUAUGAAGUAGAACAAGUUCUAGAGGCUGUAGACUUCGAUAAAAACGGAUUCAUUGAAUAUUCAGAGUUUGUUACUGUUGCAAUGGAUAGAAAAACACUCUUAUCUCGUCAGCGCUUAGAGAGGGCCUUCGGAAUGUUUGACUCGGACGGCUCCGGCAAAAUCUCAUCAUCAGAGCUUGCAACAAUAUUUGGUGUAAGCGAGCUGGACUCGGAGGCCUGGAGAAGAGUGUUGGCUGAAGUUGAUAGAAAUAAUGACGGAGAGGUAGACUUUGAAGAGUUUCAGCAAAUGUUGCUGCGCCUAUGUGGAGAUGCAGCAGCAAACACAACUCAAGAGUAG